AAAAGUGCCGACUCUGCCACACCUCUUGAGGGCUUAUUCUUCAUCGUUUUUGGGCCAUCAAAUUGAGGCCCUCUCAUCCUCUUUCGGAGAAGAAAACAAAAAAUGAAAUCAGAGAGCCGAAGCCCGAGAAACGUUACAUAAAUGAGAAAAAAAAAAUGUCGCAUAAGCCGGCGCAGGACAUACUGCAAGGACACUUGAGGCUCAGCAGCGGCCGAAAGUCCUUUGAAGUUGGAUAAAAACUCGAGUCCCGUGGGUGGGCCAGUAUGUCGCCAAGGAAAUACAAAAAAACACAGAUCGCUGACGAGUGGAGUGUGGGGGAAAAAUCAAUCUGCGACUGCCAAUGGUAAGGAUAUGAGAGUCUCUAUAAUACUAUACAAUAACAACUACCAAUGAGCGACCGGGAAAACU